AAAAUAACAUAAUAAAUAAAGUUAGGCAAGGAAAAUUAAUUAAAAACAAAUAAAGCAAAUGCAGUCACAUCUCCAAGCUGCUUUGUUAGGUCAGUCAAAUUUUAUUCAGUCUUCAAUUGCUGAAGAUGAAGAUAAUACUCUUCAAGAGGAAGAACAAGAAGAGAAUGAAGAAUUUGAUGAGGAUACAGACUGUGACAUUGGCCAGAAAACUGGUAGUGUAAAACAUGUCUUUGGUGCCAGUUCCAGGACAAUCACUUUGCAAAUGCUCUUAGAUGCUAAAAUUUUACAACCUGGACGGGGGGCUAUGACUAUAGAAUAUUUAGGUCAAAAAUUUGUUGGUGACCUUUUGCCAGACGGAAGGAUUAGAAGUCAAGAGACUGACAUAGCGUUUGCAACACCAAGUGCUUGGGCUAUAGCUUGUAAACGUUUCAUCAAUCCUGACAAGAAAUCGGGUUGCGGUUGGGCUUCUGUUAAAUAUAAAGGCAGAAAAUUGGAUGCUUAUAAAAAUAUUUGGUAUAGAAAGAAGAAGGAAGAACAAGAACAAGAAAUCUUAGAAAACGAUUCAACUGAACUGAAGAUUAUGUCAAAUUUAGUGUUCAGAAUGGUUGUCAAGCAUAACACAAUAGCAAACCGAACAUUAACUCAUGAUGCCAAUACCCUGAUAGAAUGUGUUCCUUUUUCGAAUUUGGGAAAAAUACAACCAUUCUUGGUUACAUUAUCGACAAAUGCUGCUCUCGUGAUGGAUUUUCACAGUCAUCUCACCAAAAGUGAAGUAUCUGGUUAUUUAGCAGGACACUGGGAUUUCAAUAGCCAUAAUUUACAAGUGACCCAUGCGUUUCCUUGCCGGAAUACAAAGGCGGACAGAGAAAAUGCUUCCAAUGUUGAAGCAGAAAUAUCAAAAACGAUCGAAAGAGAAAAACUACUCCUUGUUGGUUGGUAUCAUUCCCAUCCAUUCACGGCAGCUGCCCCAACUUUAAGAGAUGUGGACGCACAACUAGACUAUCAAAUAAAAAUGAAAGGACAGUCGGAUAAUAGCUAUUCUCCUUGCAUAGGAAUUAUCAUAUCUCCAUAUAACUAUGAGAAUAGUUCGUUAGAAUCAAGCAUCAUCGCCUAUUGGGUCAUACCUCCGCCGGAAGUUAAACCCAAUGAAUAUGGUCGUCCAAUGCUUAUGUCUUAUAGUGUGAGUCAAGAUUCUCAAUUAACGGAUCUCAUGAAAGACGAAAUCACAAAAUGUGCAGAAUAUUACAAAAAAGAAAAAGAUUUUAUAAAUUUCAAUGAUCAGUACAUGGGUAAUUCACUUUUCAUAGAUAAACUGAAGAGCACUUUGAUCUCUAAGUUUCCGAGGGAAGAGAAGGAUACCAAUACGUGGAAAUUCAUAAGGGAUUUAGUAGGGUGUGGUGCUGAAGAAAACGACAGUCUGCUCUCCAUUCCUUCUGUGUCCAAACCACAGAUCCUACCGACGUUAAACACACCUGUCAGUCUCAAUUCUAUGAUGUUACCUCAAGAUAUUUCGAGUUUGUUCUAUAAUUCCAUGAAUUCUGGGAAGUAUACCAGCACUUCCUCCAUGCUGGGCUUACCUGACCCAAUGGCACACAGUACAUUAGCGGCAAAUAAUAUGUUCCUUCAGUCAAAUCUAUUUAAAAUGCAAGAACUUUUGAAACCUUUGUCGAGUAGCAGUCCCGUUAACAAAACGAAAGAACAAACUAAAACGUCAUCUACAUUGAAGAUUCCUUCUGAUAUCAAAUCUUGGAAGAACGAAUAUCAAAUACCUGAUGUUUUGAAUUUGAAGAGUAACUUUUUAGCCCCAGAUUUAAACCUCUCUAAAAUUUCUAGUACAGAUUAUACUUAUAAGCCACAUAAGGAUUUCAAUAUAGCUGAUUUGAGUGGAAUGAAAAAUAAUAUGUCGGACUUUAGUUUAGAUUCUUGCAAAAGUCAGAAUGAAAAUGAAAAGAGUAACGUAUCUAAAUCUAGCGGCUACUCAAUGUUGGACUUGAGUAUGUCGAAAAACUCUGAUACUCAGCAGUCUAAUGAGCUCACCUUGGAUUUGAGUCAACAGCCAUCAAACAAUGACAACACACCCUUGAACUUGACCCAAUGAUAGUAUUUUAUCAAAAUGUAAUUUUAUAUUUAUUGUCAUUACUUUUUAAUGAUUUUUUUUCUCGUGUAUGAUUGUUAUUCAGUUUAACUCCUAUAUUUUAUACUGUAAUUUUAUUUUUAUGUAAUAAACCUUCAAAUGAA